CGACUCCCGAGGUGGAGCUACUGGCUCUCUCUCUCUCUCUCUCUCUCUCUCAGAGUCACAGAGGAGCGCAGCAGCAGAAUCUCUGGAAACCCACACCCAUACGCUUCCCCCCCCCCCACCGCUCUCGGGUCCGAAGUCCAAACAAUGGCAUUAAAUUUGAUUCCCGUCUCUGGCAUUAUUAACGAUUCUGCCAUCCACUGCUCGAUCUCAGCUGAGACUCUCUCUCAUCUGUGUAUCUUCUACAGCAAGCUCAUACCUGCCUGCUUCUCCUCCUUUUACCGACUGGGGUUAGGGUUUUGGAGUGCGGCAAUAAGGCUGCAUAGCUACCGGCUUUUGAUGAUGGACCCAACGCAGCCGAAUGCAAAGAAAGGAAAGCCAGAGCUACACGCACUUCUCCUUGGAACCCUAUAACUUUUCGUAAGCGACAAUAGAAGGUAUCUUAUUCUCUGGAAGAAUGUCAGACGCGAGGCGGAAUUCUGUGGACAUCCCUCUCUCGAAAACUCUAGUCGCUCUCAAGAGAGUCCGGUCACUAAGGGACCCGGCUACCAAUUCGUUGGGCAAGUAUGCUACAACUGCAGAAAAUAUGAUCUGGGAGACUCAUUCUAGCAAUGGCGCCGUUUUGGAGCUGAGCAAAUCGGCAAAUUAUAAUUUGAAUGAGGAAAUAGGGAACCAUGAACAUAUCAUGGAAUUGGAUCAUAGUUCUAGAGCGCACAACCCUCGGAACACUUCGUAUAGAAAACCUUCUAUGGUCAAAAUUAGAGGCUUGAACGCAACACGAACUAAACUAGUUCAUAGAGUACGCCAGGAUCGUCCACGCAAAUCCUUGGAUUCCAACUACGGCCGCCAAUUUGUAAGCCCUGUGGAGGAGGAAGUGAAUUCUUCUAAAAAUCCUGCAUUCGAGUCGCCGGAGAGGACGAAUGGGACAUUUGUUAGGAAACCAGUCUAUGGCAAUUGCAGGAAAACAUCUGCUGCGAUGAGCCGUGUUGGGAGCCCAUGCAUGUCGAUCGACGAAGCACGUACGACUGGCUCAAGGAGAAGCGCUUUGGGGCUUGGAACUGAAGACACUCGAGUAAAAUCUAAUGGUGUUGUUGGAUCUAACUUUAGUGGCUGCGGAUUAAGUUCCUGCUGGUCGGGAACACCGAAAUACCAUGUCUCAAAUCCUUAUUCAGAUAGUGACUGCCAGGAACAGCCUUUGUUAUCUGCUGAGGGGACUGAGACCGCUUUUGCAAAAGCUGCUUCUCCGUACCAAGAAACCCCGCGAAGUUUAAGCCAGAAAUUCAGGCCAAGGUCUUUCAAUGAGUUGGUUGGGCUUAAUGUAGUUGCUCAAUCCCUUCUAUAUGCCAUAUGCAAAGGAAAGGUUGCUCCAAUGUAUCUGUUUCAUGGUCCUCGCGGCACAGGAAAGACAUCAACCGCACGUAUUUUUGCAGCUGCUUUGAAUUGCGCAUCUCCUGAGGAACACAGGCCAUGUGGGUUGUGUAAGGAAUGCAUGUUUCAGUUUUCUGGAAGGAGCAGAGAUGUGAAAGAGCUCGAUGCUGCUAAAAUAGAUCGCAUGGAGAGGGUUAGAGCUCUUCUGAAAAGUGCUUCUCUUGUUCCAUAUUCCUCACGCUUCAAGGUGUUCAUUAUUGAUGAAUGCCAAAUUUUGCGAGAAGAGGCAUGGUCAGCUAUCUUAAAAAGUAUCGACGAACUUUCUAGACAUGUUGUGUACAUUAUGAUUACUUCUGACCUUGAAGAGGUUCCACGUAGUCCUUUGUCACAUUGCCAGAAGUACCAUUUUCCGAAGAUAAAGGUUGCUGACAUUGUCUAUAGGUUGCAAAGAAUAUGUAUAGACGAAGGAUUGGAGUUUGACAAUGAUGGUUUGCACUUUGUUGCCACUAAAUCUAACGGUUCUCUUCGAGAUGCAGAGACAAUGCUUGACCAGCUUGGUUUGCUCGGGAAAAGAAUCACAAUAUCUCUUGCACAUGAGCUUAUAGGAUCUGUUUCUGAUGAUGAGCUGAUCGAGUUGCUAGACCUAGCACUAUCUUCGGAUACUGCUAAUACAGUAAGAAAGGCUAGGGAGCUUAUGGGAACAAGGGUUGAUCCUCUUCAGUUAGUAUCUCAGCUGGCAAAUCUUAUCAUGGACAUUUUGGCAGGGCGAUGUCAAUCUGGACUCUCUGAAGUCGGCAAAAACUUUUUUGGACGACAUGCCUUAGCAGAGGUUGGAAUGCACAAACUGAGGCAUGCAUUAAAACUAUUGUCUGAAGCUGAAAAACAUUUAAGAACGUCAAAAAAUCAGGCAACAUGGCUUACCGUUGCUCUUCUGCAGUUUAGCAAUUCAGAAUAUUCUCCUCUAAUGGAAAUGAAUGACCCGCAUGGGUAUCCUAGAGCGGCCUAUUUGAGAGAUGAGUGGGCAUCAAGGAAGAAUAUGGAUAGUGCUGUUUGUUAUGCGUGUAACCACAAUAAAUCCAACUGCACAGAGAGACAUUGCAGAAGGCUAAAACUGGAGAACAUCUGGCGGAAAGCUGUAAACAAAUGCCAGACAAAGCCAUUAAGAAGUUUUCUCCGGAAAGAAGGAAGCUUGUUGUCACUCCAUGUGACUGAAGAUCUGGCAAUAGCUGAGGUGGGAUUCAGUCACCCUGACCAUCUUUCCAGUGCCGAACAACUACAGAACCAAAUCGCAAGUUCGCUUCAGCAUGUGCUCGGUUGCAAUGUGGAGAUGAGACUUAAACUUGUACCAGCACUGCUAAGAAAAGACGCCAGAGGGAAGAGGCAAUCAUUCAGCUUGCUAAGCUGUUCUGGUCGGAAGCAAGAAUUAUCAGAUUCCGCGAUGACUGAUGGAGAUGAGACAGAGAGAUCUUCAAAAAGAGAACCAUCCUUCAAAUUCUAUUCAUCUAACAGUGCCAAGCCAAUUAACGACCCAAAUUUCUUUCACGACAAACAAGCAGUCACUGUUGAGAAUGAUUCUCCAGAGGGGAAAGGUGAAGGUAUUGAAUGUAUUGGUGUUCAAGAACCCGAGCUCCAACCGAGCUGUUUAGCAAAGACACUGAAGCUUCAAAGAAGAUUCUUUUCGGCUGAUGUUGCUCACAUGAUAUGUUUAAGGAUGCAGCCACAUAACAAAAUGGAUUUGUCAAUAACUAAGAAGUCAGCUUUCGAGACUUACUUCUGCCCAUAUGAUCCUUACAACCAAGGCUUCCGAUCAGACUCACAAUUUACCUGCAGUUCAAGAGAAGAUACUUUAUCAAGCAAAGAUUCAAGGUUUAGCUCAAAGUUCCUCUGUUGGAAGGCUCCAAAGCCGUCCAUUUAAAAGGGUCCAUCACUUAUUAAGUUCAAGUGAAUCGCACAGUGGAAUUGAUUUCUUGUACCAGAGCAAUCAUAUAUCAAGAAUCCUUUACAGGUUCAGCGGCAUCAUUUGGAUUCGAAAAGGAUUCUCAUUUCUGCGGACGUUUUUCCCAAUUCUUCUAUGGAAUUUUGAAGAUAAUGUAACUUGAAUCUAAUUAGAUGUAACUACUCACCUAAGUAAAGAUUGUUCUUAAGGUAAAUUGGUGAACUAUUUGGAUUAUGAAGGGUUGCCUUUGUAUAUGGAGGCUCGAACAAUCCAUUUGUAGCGCAAUUUUGAGAUUUGUAGUCUGAUGUACAGUCUU